AUGCUCGACCUCUCCACUGGCUCCGAAGGAUACGCGGUGCGGAGGGCGACCGUCCACUUGAAGGAAGUAGCUCCUGGGGAGGAUCCCGGAACUACUCUCUUUACCAUGAUCAAGCCGAAGUACCAGAUCGUUGUUGAGGACUGGAUCUCGGAGCACAUGAACUCGUGGUAUCAUGGCGUCCCAUGUGAUGAGCACUGUCUGGGCAUCAAGAUUAACCUCCCGAUGUUGGGCAGUGUGCUUGUGGGUGAUAUGUCCGUCUCCAGCAUCAACGAGCGCGAGCAUGAG